AUGCAGAUGGUCAAAGGCAACAAUGCUCAAGUGAUUGAAGAUCCUUCUAUGACAAGAAAUCUUGGGAGACAAAGCGUCCAGGCUGGGGAAGUGGUUGUUACUUCUGUUAUUGUUGCUGGAAACCUAAGCUUCCUUUUGGUGAUGAGGGGGAUGAUUAUGAGACUUUGGCAGAAGCUAGUGUUGAGACAACUCCUUCUACCAGAAAGAACAAAAGAAAGGAAGUCGCCCAGGCUUAGGACAGUGUUGUCCAGCCUUAUCCCCAUGGCAAAGAGGCUGAGAAAGAGGGCUAUUAGUGAGUUUGAAGGAAAAGAAGAAGAGCCUGCAGUAGUUCCUACUGAGACCACAAAAACUGAUGAGAAAGAGGUCUUGAACGGAGAAAAAGAAAAGACAAAAGAUGGAGAAGAAGAAGAAGAAAUUCCCGCUGAAAUAAUUGCAGAGAGCAUUGAGUUGGCGAAGAAACAGCAAGAGGCCCAAAUAGCAGAGCCUACCAGUUCAGAAUUGGCUCUUUUCGUUGAUUUGAGAUUCCUUUCCUUCUGGGUGGAGGAGGGCAGAAUUGCUGGGACUUUGGCUGCGGUGACCAGUCCUCUCAAGCCUUCCAUUGUGGCUAUGCCUAUCCACUCCAUUCCUAGUUCACCAGCUACUGCCUCAUUUGCUGAUCCAGAGCUGGCAGAAUUUGAAGCCAUGGAUCUGGAUGCUCAACUGGACAAGCUUGAGCAGCUCAGCCCUAUUCCUGGCAAGGCCAAGUCUAAAGUAGUGGAUGAGGUAGUGGGCAGAGUGAAAAUAUGGCAGUCAACAGAGCUGGACUUGGCUGAGAAUAUGGAAGCCAUAGAUCAACUUAUGAAGGAUCCAGAUCUACUGCACAGGCAGAAUGUGGCUCCUAGGCCCAUUCUUGGGAUUAGUCUUGGCUUGGCAAGAGACGUGCUUAAUCUCCACAGUCGCUAUGAAGACCUCAAGCCCUCGUUCAAAGCUUCUGAAUUCUGCAAAGCUACUCAUGAAGCUAACCUGGCUGAUUAUCAGAAACAAAAGGCAGAAUUGGACACGAUGGUUGCUGAUUACAAGGAAACCAAAACUGCUGCUGAUAAACUAGGAAACUAG